AUAUACUUCAAAAUAAGUACUUAAUGGAACACUCUGAAACUACGUCUUUUUUGGAAGUUUUCAAGAGAAUAAAACGUUUAAGGCUAUUUGAGCCCGCCAUAGGGGUUCUUGGAUUCGUUUUUGUGAUAGUUUUUAUUAUUUUUUGCUUAUUUUUACUUGAUUAUAGAAAUGAGUCAAAAGGGCUGAGAUUUUCGAUUCAGAAUGAGAGGUUUCUGUGGUUAAGAUUUGAUGGUGGAUUGGGUUAUCCGAGUAGAAAAAAUCCUGAUAAUUUGCAUAAAAAUAAUAAUAUUUGCAAUGUAUUUGAAGGUGAUUGGGUGUGGGAUGAAAGCUAUCCUUUAUAUCAAUCUAAAGAUUGCAGGUUCUUGGAUGAAGGCUUUAAGUGUAAAGAGAAUGGGAGACCUGAUUUAUUCUACACCAAGUGGAGAUGGCAACCCAAAAAUUGCAACCUGCCAAGAUUUGACGCAAAGAUUAUGCUAGAGAAUCUUCGAAAUAAACGUUUAGUGUUUGUGGGAGACUCAAUAGGAAGAAACCAAUGGGAAUCUCUACUCUGCAUGCUUUCUUCUGCUGUUUACAACAAGGACUCUAUCUAUGAAGUAAAUGGCAGCCCCAUUACCAAACAUAAAGGUUUCUUGAUAUUCAAGUUUACAGAGUACAAUUGCACUGUGGAAUACUACAGGGCUCCAUUUCUUGUAUUGCAAAGCCGGCCUCCUGCCAAUGUUCCACCAGAGGUAAAAACUACUCUGAAACUAGACCAAAUGGACUGGAGUUCUUCCAAAUGGAAAGAUGCAGAUGUGCUAGUUUUCAACACGGGACAUUGGUGGAAUCAAGAGAAGACAAUAAGAGGGGGCUGUUUCUUUCAAGAGGGGUCCGAGGUGAAGAUUGAAAUGAGAGUCGACGAUGCAUAUCAGAAGUCUUUAGAAACAGUAAUGCAGUGGAUACACCGUGAAUUGACUACAAACAGGACUCAAGUCUUAUUUCGAACUUAUUCUCCUGUACAUUUCAGAGGUGGCGAUUGGAAAUCUGGGGGAACAUGUCACUUGGAGACACUUCCGGAGCUUGGUUCUUCAUUGGUGUCAUCCGACACUUGGGCACGCUAUAGCAUAUUUUCCCAAGUCAUCUCAGAAUACUUCAACAUUUCAGAUAUGAGAGCAUUUGACUUGCUAAAUGUAACUCAUAUGUCGUCAAGAAGAAAAGACGGGCAUUCGUCUAUGUAUUACAUGGGUCCGAAGACAAGUCCUUUAUCUCUCUACAGGCAGGAUUGCAGUCAUUGGUGUCUUCCUGGAGUGCCCGAUGCUUGGAAUGAGCUACUUUAUACUCUUAUUCUACAGCGUGAAGGGAUCAGAACAUCAAAUUAAUCAACAUUCAGGUGCACAGGUUUGAUCCAUUGCUGACUAAUCUAUAUUGCUUAUACAGUACCAGAGGAUUCAUAUACACCAUUGACGAGCAAUUGGGGAUCUUUCGAGGCUGCUAAAGAAGGGAAAGCAGUUUAGUGACAUUUUUAUGUGAUUACAUGUAUAUGAGCCAAAGUUUAGGGGCAAAUGAGAAAUGCUAUUAUUUAAAUAAGACAAAUUUUAUCAAAUACAUUUUUAAUUCCAUUUCUCAUUUUAGCAGAAAUGCAUCAAUGACAGAUGAUAUGCUUGUAGCAA